CGGCGGCCGUUUAAGCCCGUACGUGGCAGUCAGAGAGCGGCGUACACAGCGGCUCCUCUCCGGUCACAGUUCCCCCAAACAGACUCUCAUCCUGAGGCGAGGACACUCCCAAAAACCACCAGAUUUGCUGUGAAGCUUGCUAUUAAACACAUCUUUUGGAAACAUGUUCACUGUGUCGGAGCUGGUGCUGCUGCUGGCCGGGCUGUGCGCCACCGCGUCCGGCUACUUCGUUAGCAUAGACGCCCAUGCCGACGAGUGCUUCUACGAGCGGGUCAACUCCGGCACCAAGAUGGGCCUCAUGUUCGAGGUGGCCGAGGGAGGCUUCCUGGACAUCGACGUGGAGAUAACAGGGCCCGAUGGUAAGCAGAUUUACAAGGGCGACAGGGAGUCCAGCGGGAAGUACUCGGUGGCAGCACACAUGGACGGAACCUACAAGUUCUGCUUCAGCAACAAGAUGUCCACCAUGACGCCCAAGAUCGUCAUGUUCACGAUUGACAUAGGAGAGGCCCCUAAAGGACAGGACAUGGAGACAGAAGCGCACCAAAACAAGCUGGAGGAGAUGAUCAACGAGCUGGCAGUUGCUAUGACGGCUGUGAAGCAUGAGCAGGAGUACAUGGAGGUUCGGGAGAGGAUACACAGAGCGAUCAACGACAACACAAACAGCAGAGUGGUGCUGUGGUCGUUCUUUGAAGCUCUCGUUCUGGUGGCAAUGACACUCGGACAGAUUUACUACCUGAAGAGAUUUUUUGAAGUACGGCGAGUGGUUUAGUGCGACGAAACGAUCCGUCCGUGUCCUCCACUGUUUUCUCCCAACACCAAGACAGUUUAUUUACACUCUGGAAACGAGACUGGCAGAUUCGAGUAAAGCCUACAUUUGAUUUGGAUCUCAGAUGUUUUGUUCUCCUGUUACCUGUUUGGUUCCUUCUUUAUAAAUGUUAUUCAUGUUUGUUUUGAACGGAUGGUCGAAAGAUUCUGGGAAAUAUGUCAGUCUUCAUUAGUUUCUUUAUCUUUGUUUGUCAGAUUUUUGUUGCCCAAUAUAGUACUAUAAUUAGUAAGCGCAAAUUAAGCCAGUCCAGUUUUGCCUGUGUGAAUGACCACGAGGCUCAUAAUUUUAUGUAAAGGCAGUCGGAUGGAAAAGACUUAGAAAUGCACAUAAACUGGGUGGGGCAUGUGUGGAGUUUCCACAGGAGAAUGCAAAGAUUUGAAUCUGACCCUUUUCAAAAUGAUAAACCUGAAAUCAGAAUGCAUUGGAAUUUUAUUUUUGGGAGAUGCAGGAGUUUUUGUUCCCAGUGUCUAAGUCAAGUCAGACAAUGUACUGAUGGAUAUGUGAUAUCUGUACAUGGUGAUUGUGCUCUCAAUCAACAAAUUGCACUCCUGAUGGAAACAUCUAAAUAUCUGAAGGAUCCACACUGCAGCUGGUCUUUUUAGGGAAACUGUACAGCUGCUUGCUCUGUCUGUUGAUUCACAGCGAUCCAUGCUGGGGAGGAGGGAGGGGGGGGCUUCGGUGGACAUCUCUUGCAGGGAAGCGUUGCGAUUCCCUUUCAUAGUUCAUUAACAGGCGAGUGGUUUCUUAGCCUAAGAAUCAGCAAGUUGAUUUAACUUUUACACUUAAAUUUAAACUUUCACUGAGCAGUUAGACCUUGAAGAGCUGAGGCACUGUUUGAUUUUUAAACUGAACUACUUGGAGUGAAACUCCAAAGCAAAGUGUAAAGGAAUACUGAAAUACAUGUUACAUGUUGAUUGACGCUGGGUGGGUGGGUGGCUG